ACUAGUUGCCGAUAAAAGGAAAUCCGUGGAGUCUCUGGCUUAAUUUCACAAUAAAAGACACAAUUGCAAAUAAUUUGCUUGAAUAUGAAGGGGACAGUGCAAGAAUAGCUCACGGAUGCUGAUUUGACCAACGCUGUAAGGCUACGUUUAGAAGGCAGCCAUCUUGCAAUCCCUAAUCAAAGAUCUUCGGCUAGCGGCUAUCGCUGUCUGAUUUUCAGCCGGUUAAUAUCAACACACAGUUCAACAAAUGGCUUUAAAACGAAUUAAUAAGGAACUUCAGGACCUUGGUAGAGAUCCACCUGCGCAAUGCUCUGCUGGUCCUGUAGGAGAUGAUCUAUUCCAUUGGCAAGCAACUAUUAUGGGACCACCUGACAGUCCAUACCAAGGAGGAGUAUUUUUCCUUACAAUUCAUUUCCCCACAGAUUAUCCAUUUAAACCACCUAAGGUUGCUUUUACAACCAGAAUUUAUCAUCCAAAUAUCAACAGUAAUGGAAGUAUUUGUUUGGAUAUUUUAAGAUCGCAAUGGUCCCCAGCACUUACCAUAUCAAAGGUGUUACUGUCAAUAUGCUCUUUGCUCUGCGAUCCAAAUCCAGAUGACCCUUUGGUACCAGAGAUAGCAAGGUUAUACAAAACUGACAGGGAGAAGUACAAUGAAUUGGCACGUGAAUGGACGCGCAAGUAUGCCAUGUGAUGCGUCAAUCUCCGUUGAUUUCAACAUCUAAAAACCACCAACAAGCAGCCCCAGCCUAUUGCCACUUAUGCAUCAGCACCGAUUGAAAUUAGCUAUGGCUCGUCUACUUUAAAACUUAAGCCAGUACUCGGGUUCGAAGAAUGCUCAGACAAACGUGAUCAAUCUGAAGUUCCCUUCGUACCGAGAGGCCUGCGAAUAUUGAGACGUUGCCACAAUGGCAAUUGAGGCAAUUUGAAAGGUGGUCACAUAACAUUAUAUAUAUAUAUAUAAAUCAGGAAAAAAAAAAGAAACAUGUCCGCUUUGAUUUUCAUAAAUAAAAAUGGAAGUAAAAUAUAGGAGAGUGAAAGUAGGAUUUGUAUUUGAAUUUAAUAGUUUAAUUUCUAAUUAUUGUGCUUAUAAUAUCGUAAUAUUAUAUACCUACUUUCUCAGUGAAAUGAAAACCUUGAACUGACAGCACACCGAUUGUUAGUUUUAACGCAAGUGAGCAAUGUUUGCCCGUCCCUUGGAACGAUGCGGUCACUUUUUUGUAAGACUGGGCUAUAUAUAAAUACUACUGAAACUAUACCUGUAUGUUUUGUUCAAUUAUUAAAAUUCCUUACCUAUCUAACAAAUUCUACGAGUAACUCGAAAUUUAUAGUUUGGUUCCUGUGUGUGUGUAGUAAUUUAAUUAUGCAUAUCGUUAAUCGAUAAAUUGGACUAUACAUCUUAAAAUAAUUCAACGUACGUAAAAUAAUAAAUUUUGGUGACUUAAAUGACCGCGACAUAAGUACCUGCCGUUCAUGGGCCCGUGCGAUACUAAUAUCAAUCAAAGGCAUUCACGAUUUCUUAUGACGUCGUUUGGCUUUAUUUACAUAUGAAAAAUGUAGUCAUCGAUGUCACUAUUUAUCGAUAAAUGAUGAGAGCGAAAUACAUUUUGUUUGAAUUCUUAUAUAAAACGCGUUACAAAAUAGAUAAGAAAUGUUUCAAAGAGCCCUAGAGCUUAACAAUGGAUUUGUAAAAUCCUCUGAAUUCAUUUUAUAAUAGUGCGUCAUUAUAUAAUCAAUAAAGUCAUGCGUCGUACCUUGCGAAUUAAGAAUUCGCCCGUCGCUAUGUUUUACUCGAAUCAAUGCGUUAAUUAUUGUUUUGCGUGUAAAUUUUUCUUUAAGCGAUUUUUUAUUAUUAUUUAGUACUUGUCUUAAGUUUCCUUUCCAUCCACAAUAUAAGUAUAUACAUACCAUCACAUCCCAUUAUUA